AUGAAAGAAGCUCUUAGACCCGCGGCAAGGGCUGAUGGUGCAAAUCCAGUUAUGAAGCAAGGUGGAUCGUCGGGGGAAAUUCGUUGUUUCAAAUGCCAUGGAAGAGGACACAUUGCGAGCCAGUGUGCCAAUAAGAAGACCCUGAUCUUGCUUGAUAAUGGCGACUAUGUAUCGGAGGAAGAGGAAGAGACCACCGAUUCUGAUGUCGAUGAGUCUAUGGAAAUGGAACCACCUCCAGGCAGUUUGUUUGUAGCACGGAGAGUAAUGUCUGCACAGCCUAAGGAGGAGAGUGAACAUCGAGAAAAUAUCUUCCAUACGAGAUGUGUAGUUGAUGGGAAGUUGCUGUCUCUAGUGACUGAUGGAGGAAGUUGCACGAACGUUGUGAGCGCGUGUGCGGUGAAGAGGCUAGGGCUGCCUACGCUGAAGCAUCCAAAGCCAUACACGCUGCAAUGGCUUAACGAUCACGGAUCCAUCAAAGUCACAAAGCAGGCACUAAUGAAGUUCGAGAUUGGAGAUUACAAAGAUGAGAUUUUGUGUGAUAUAGUGCCUAUGCAAGCUGCACAUGUGCUUUUUGGCAGGCCAUGGCAGUUUGAUCGACAAGCACAGCAUGAUGGAGUGACAAAUAAGUACAAGUUGCAACAUGGAGGAAAGAAGUUCGUGUUGAAGCCUCUGUCUCCAAGUGAAGUAUAUCGAGAUCAACUCCAAAUGCAGCAACGUCGAGAGCAAGAAAAGGCAAGUAAUGCCUCGGCCAAGAAAGGAGAAGAGGGAGCUGGAAUUGUGGAUUCGAAGGCAGUGAUGCUAGCACGCAAUGGAGAUUUGAAGCAAGCUGCCUGUGCACGAGAACCUUUGAUUGUGCUCAUGUAUAGGGACGUGCUUCUCAAUCAAGAGCUAGUCCAAGAAGUUCCAGCCGAAGCAAGAGUGGUGUUGGAUGAGUUCGAGGAUGUGUUUCCAGAGGAAGCACCGAAGGGGCUGCCUCCUAUUCGCGGAAUUGAGCACCAAAUUGAUUUCGUGCCGGGAGCUCAAAUUCCAAACAAGGCAGCAUAUCGAGCUAACCCGGAAGAGACCAAAGAGCUGCAAAGGCAGAUUGACGAGCUCAUGGAGAAGGGGCAUGUUCGUGAAAGUUUGAGCCCGUGUGCAGUUCCGGUGAUUCUCGUGCCAAAGAAGGAUCACACCUGGCGGAUGUGUGUAGACUGUCGAGCCAUCAAUCAAAUUACAGUUAAGUAUCGUCAUCCAAUUCCACGAUUAGAUGAUAUGCUUGAUGAAUUACAUGGCUCUACGGUGUUUUCCAAGAUUGAUUUGAGAUCAGGUUACCACCAAAUUCGUAUGAAGGAGGGAGACGAGUGGAAGACUGCGUUUAAGACCAAGCAGGGUCUAUACGAAUGGAUGGUGAUGCCCUUUGGUUUAACCAAUGCGCCUAGCACGUUCAUGAGGUUGAUGACCCAUGUUUUGAGGCCAUUCAUUGGCAAGUUCGUGGUCGUAUACUUCGACGACAUUCUGAUCUACUCGAAGUGCAUGGAGGAUCAUCUCAAUCACUUGAGAGAGGUGUUGGCAAUGUUGAGAAAGGAGAAAUUGUAUGCUAACCUCAAGAAGUGCUCGUUUUGCACUUCUAGUGUUAUUUUCCUUGGUUUUGUGGUGAGUGCAGAUGGAGUCAAGGUGGACGAAGAGAAGGUGAAAGCAAUUCACGAUUGGCCUAUUCCAACCAACGUGAAUGAGGUGCGGAGCUUUCAUGGGCUUGCUGGAUUUUAUCGUCGAUUUGUGCCCAACUUCAGCACCAUUGCCGCACCAUUGACAUCCAUCAUCAAGAAGAACGUGACGUUCUAUUGGGGAGAGGAGCAGACCAGAGCAUUCGAGCUGCUCAAGCACAAGCUCACGCACGCACCUAUUCUGAUGUUGCCGGAUUUCAAUAAGACAUUCGAGGUGGAGUGUGAUGCUUCUGGUUUGGGAAUUGGAGCAGUGUUGAUGCAAGAGAAGAAGCCAAUUGCUUACUUCAGCGAGAAGUUGAGUGGGGCUGCCCUCAACUAUCCGACGUACGACAAGGAGCUUUAUGCCCUAGUUCGAGCCUUAGAGACAUGGCAACACUAUCUUUGGCCGAAGGAGUUCGUGAUUCACACUGAUCACGAGUCGUUGAAGUAUUUGAAAGCUCAACACAAGCUGAACAAGAGACAUGCUCGAUGGGUUGAGUUCAUUGAGUCCUUUCCAUACGUGAUCAAGUACAAGCAGGGCAAAGAAAAUGUAGUUGCUGAUGCCCUAUCUCGAAGGCAUUCGUUGAUCACGACAAUGGGGGUGAAGUAUUUGGGUUUCGAGCAUAUCAAGGAGCUAUAUUCUGAUGAUGCUGACUUUGGGGAGAUCUAUAGAGCUUGUGAGCAGCAUGGCGAUGGGAAGUUCUAUCGAAGUGAAGGCUACUUGUUUCGAGCUAACCAGUUGUGUAUUCCUCGAUCAUCACUUCGAGAGUUGCUGUUGAAAGAGGCUCAUGGAGGAGGCUUAAUGGCACAUUUUGGUGUAGACAAGACGCUGAGUUGUCUACAAGAGCACUUUCAUUGGCCGCACAUGAAGGGAGACGUGGAGAAUCUGUGUGCGAGGUGUGUGGAGUGCAAGCAGGCCAAGUCGAAGGUGCAAUCAUCUGGAUUGUACACACCGCUACCGAUUCCAUAUGCUCCAUGGAUCGACAUCUCUAUGGAUUUUGUGCUUGGUUUGCCGCGGACAAGGAAGGGAAGAGAUUCGAUUUUCGUGGUGGUGGAUCGAUUCUCAAAGAUGGCACACUUUAUCCCAUGCCAUAAGACUGACGAUGCGGUUAAUGUGGCUGAUUUGUUUUUCAGGGAAGUGGUGCGAUUGCAUGGGAUGCCGCGUUCCAUAGUAUCCGAUCGAGAUACUAAGUUUCUGAGUUUCUUUUGGAAGACGUUGUGGAGCAAGCUGGGGACGAAGCUGCUGUUCUCUACUACAUGUCAUCCUCAAACCGAUGGGCAAACAGAGGUGGUCAAUCGAACAUUAUCCCAGAUGCUUCGAGCUGUGAUCAAGAGCAACAUCAAGGUUUGGGAGGACUUCCUUCCCCAUGUGGAGUUUGCUUACAACAGGAUGGUGCACUCGACGACAAAGUUCACUCCGUUUGAGCUCGUGUAUGGUUUCAAUCCACUCACGCCUUUGGAUUUGAUGCCAUUACCUUUGAAUGAGCAGGUCAAUCUCGAUGGAGCCAAGAAAGCCGAGUUCGUGAAGAGUUUACAUGAGAAGGCGAGAUUGAACAUUGAGAGAAGGACGAAGCAGAUAAUGCGCAAUGUGAACAAAAACAGAAAACCGAGGCACUUUGAAGUUGGCGACUGGGUGUGGGUGCAUUUGAGGAAGGAGAGGUUUCCCCAACAGAGGAAAUCGAAGUUGCUGCCCCGAUGUGAUGGUCGUUUCCAGGUGGUUUCGAAGAUUGGAAGCAACGCCUACAAAAUUGACUUGCCAGGAGAGUAUGGAGUAAGUGCAACGUUUAAUGUUUCUGACCUUGCACCUUAUUUGGAUGGCAAUUCGGAUUUGAGGGCAAAUCCUUUUGAAGAUGGAGGGGUUGAUGAGGACAUAAAUGGGCCAGUCACACGUGCAAAGGCAAGAACGUUGAAGGAGAAGCUUGCAACGUAUUUGGAGAGCUACUUUGGGACCAUGGACGUGGAGUUGUUUCGAGGAAAGCCAUAUAUGAUGAUUCGAGUGGAGGAAGAAGGAGAAAGUGCUGGAGAAAAGGAAGAUUGCAAGAAGCCUUAA